ACCAAAAAAUAUCAAUGCUCGCUGUGCAGCAAAAAGUUCACCCGUCCAAGCUCGCUGACAACACACAUGUACAGCCAUACUGGCGAGAAACCGUUCAAAUGUCCUGUUGAAGGUUGCGGACGUCAUUUCUCGGUGGUGAGCAAUUUGCGACGCCAUGCGAAAAUU